AUGUGUGCUGGGGAACCGGGUUCGGAACCGGUACCGACAGACUCUACCUUCAGUGAAGCCGAGAAUGAGGAGAGACUUGGUUCGGAACCGGUACCGACAGCCUCUACCUUCAGAGAAAUCCAGAAUGAGGAGAGACUUGGUUCGGAACCGGUACCGACAGCCUCUACCUUCAGAGAAGCCCAGAAUGAGGAGAGACUUGGUUCGGAACCGGUACCGACAGCCUCUACCUUCAGAGAAGCCCGGAAUGAGGAGAGACUUGGUUCGGAACCGGUACCGACAGACUCUACCUUCAGAGAAACCCAGAAUGAGGAGAGACUUGGUUCGGAACCGGUACCGACAGACUCUACCUUCAGAGAAACCCAGAAUGAGGAGAGACUUGGUUCGGAACUGGUACCGACAGCCUCUACCUUCAGAGAAGCCUGGAAUGAGGAGAGACUUGGUUCGGAACCGGUACCGACAGCCUCUACCUUCAGAGAAGCCUGGAAUGAGGAGAGACUUGGUUCGGAACCGGUACCGACAGCCUCUACCUUCAGAGAAGCCUGGGAUGAGGAGAGACUUGGGAACAAGUGCCAAAGAAAAUGCCCAGGAGUUUUUUCUCCCGUAACCCCUGCCAAAGUUGUUUGUUACGUGACCAUACUUAUAGCCCUACUUGCAACCGUGGUUGUACUUUCCGUUCUUUUGGCAGUUUUAGGAAGAAACACAGAGUACAUUCCGUGUGUUACCUGCCCAGAAGGAUGGAUCGGAUUUGGGAGUAAGUGCUUUUAUUUUUCUGAAGACUCAAGGAAUUGGACAUUCAGCCAGAUGUUCUGUGCCUUGUUAGAUGCUGGUCUUGCUCAGUUUGAAACCAAGGAGGAGCUGAAUUUCCUGAGAAGAUACAAAGGCCCUCCUGAUCACUGGAUUGGCCUUAGCAGAGAAUCACCACAUCACAUUUGGCAGUGGACAGACACCAGUGCCUAUAACGCCACGUUUGCCAUCACAGGAGUUGGGGAAUAUGCCUACCUGAGUGACAACGGAAUUAGCAGCGCCAGGAACUACACAGAAAGGAACUGGAUUUGUAGCAAGGUGAAUAUUAAGUAGUCAGAUAAGAGGGGACACUGGGCAGAUUUGUCGGGGAGAGGGAGGAUGGUCUGCAAGAUGGUAUCAUCCCUGCUCCUACUU